GACAUUGAUAUUCUCCUCGCCACUUUCCUCCAGCUUCUCCCCGCAGACAUGCGCGCCCGUCAAUGCUCCGUGUCCUCGUCCCCACUUGCCGAUACCACCUGUGCCAAGCUGACAAUCAGCAUGCCCAGGACACCUGUAACAUCUGGCCAUGGCGAGCCGUUCCUUAGCGUGGCGAUGACAUACUUGGCCGGCCUCCGACAGAAUGACGGAAUGCAGCUCACGAUGCGGCCGUCAAACGCAAUGUUCUGUCCAUCUGUGGACCUGGCUGCGCCAAUGCUUAUAUUCUACGCUGGGUUGGGUCCCGCACCUAUGUGCAGAUUCCUGCGAGAGUGGGCAAUCCAAUAG